AGCUUAGUCGUUUUGGAACUUUUCACGCGUUCGCUGCCUCAGUCUUUUGUGUUCGUCUCUUGUUUUUACAGAUUACCCGCUCCACAAUGAAAUACGCUGUGAUUGUGUUGGCCAUUGCCAUGUUUGCGAUUUCUGCCGCUUCAGCCUCUUCCGCUGGCCAGUUCCUGCCCCGUGCCUUCUUCACUUUGGACGCGGAGGGUCACCAGUCAGAUGUCCACCCUGUGAACGCCCAUCUGCUGAGGCGUCUUCGUCGCCAGGUGUAUUCCGCCUCAUCAUCCUCCUCCUCCUCCUCCUCAUCCAGUGGAAAUGGCGUAACCUUCGCCUCCACCUCGCACACCAUUCAAAAUGCCGAUGGUUCCGGCUCCGCUGGCAGCUCUUACACCCAGCAGCAGGCUGCUCCUGCUUCUGUGGGAGGCGUGAGCUUUGAAAGCCGUUUCGGUGAGGAUUCUGCAUCGGGCCAAUACAACCCCAGCUAUAACACCGGGGCCUAUAAUGGUAACAACGCGGCCUAUAAUAGCAACCCGGCGUCCUACAACACUGCUUCCUCCGUCAACACCAACACCGGAUAUGGAAGCACCAGCAACUACCAGCAGAGCUAUGGAUCUGGAGCCGUGCCCGCCACCCAAAUCCACCAGACCGUCACCACCUUUGAUGCCAACGGCAACCAGAAGGUGACCACCGUCCAGGGUGCUACCGAUGAGACCGGUGUCCUCAACGUCCAGAAGACCGAGGCCCACUACUCUGGUUAAAAAAUGGCGGGACGAAAGCUUUUAGAAUUUAGUUAUUUUCGAGUGUAAAGGAGUAAAAUGUAAUAAACUAAAGUAAAGUAAAUUAAUUUAA